GGCGCCAGACCCGGCCGCCCGCCCGCCCGCUGCGGCUCGUCACCUCCGGGGUCCCAGCCUCCACGGGCCGGGGCCGCCGCCGCCGCCGCAGGACGGGGAGGCGGGCCAUGGCGUCCUGCGUGGGGAGCAGGACGCUGAGUAAAGAUGAUGUGAACUACAAGAUGCAUUUCCGGAUGAUUAACGAGCAGCAAGUGGAGGACAUCACCAUCGACUUCUUCUACCGGCCGCACACCAUCACGCUGCUCAGCUUCACCAUCGUCAGCCUCAUGUACUUUGCCUUCACCAGGGAUGACUCUGUCCCAGAAGACAACAUCUGGAGGGGUAUCCUCUCUGUAAUUUUCUUCUUUCUUAUCAUCAGUGUGUUAGCUUUCCCCAAUGGUCCGUUUACUCGACCUCAUCCGGCCUUGUGGCGAAUGGUUUUUGGACUCAGCGUGCUCUACUUCCUGUUCCUGGUGUUCCUGCUCUUCCUGAACUUCGAGCAGGUGAAAUCCAUCAUGUACUGGCUGGACCCCAAUCUUCGAUAUGCCACCAGGGAAGCCGACAUCAUGGAGUAUGCUGUGAACUGCCACGUCAUCACCUGGGAGAGGAUUAUCAGCCAUUUUGAUAUAUUUGCAUUUGGACAUUUCUGGGGCUGGGCCAUGAAGGCCUUGCUGAUCCGAAGUUAUGGCCUUUGCUGGACAAUCAGCAUCACGUGGGAGCUGACGGAGCUUUUCUUCAUGCAUCUUCUGCCCAAUUUUGCCGAGUGCUGGUGGGAUCAGGUCAUCCUGGACAUCCUGCUGUGCAAUGGCGGCGGCAUCUGGCUGGGCAUGGUCGUCUGCCGGUUUUUAGAGAUGAGGACUUACCACUGGGCAAGCUUCAAGGACAUCCACACCACCACGGGGAAAAUCAAAAGGGCCGUCCUCCAGUUCACUCCUGCCAGCUGGACCUACGUUCGAUGGUUUGACCCCAAGUCUUCAUUUCAGAGAGUGGCAGGAGUCUACCUUUUCAUGAUCAUCUGGCAGCUGACUGAAUUGAAUACCUUCUUCCUGAAACAUAUCUUUGUGUUCCAAGCCAGUCAUCCACUAAGUUGGUGUAGAAUUCUCUUUAUUGGCUGCAUCACGGCUCCCACAGUGAGACAGUACUACGCUUACCUCACCGACACACAGUGCAAACGCGUGGGAACACAGUGCUGGGUGUUCGGGGUCAUCGGUUUCCUGGAAGCUAUCGUUUGCAUAAAAUUUGGACAAGAUCUCUUCUCUAAGACCCAAAUACUCUAUGUUGUGCUGUGGCUUCUUUGUGUGGCCUUCACCACCUUCCUGUGUCUGUACGGCAUGGUUUGGUACGCAGAGCACUACGGUCACCGGGAAAAGACCUACUCAGAGUGUGAAGAUAGCACCUACAGUCCAGACAUCUCCUGGCCUCACAGAAAAGGCACAAAAGGUUCUGAAGACGGCCCGCCCAAGCACCCAGGCAACAACGAGAGCCAUUCUUCCAGAAGACGGAAUCGACAUUCCAAGUCAAAAGUCACCAACGGGGUUGGAAAGAAAUGAAAGACCCUGGUUAAUCAAAGAUGUUCCGGGGAGUGCCUAGAACUGGGAGGGGGUGGAACCGGCUGGACCUCCCUGUGAGGAGGAUGAAAUGCUCAGCGCUAGUGGGAAGGAGCGGGGGCUGGGGGGGGUCAUUAUUUGAGAGCAAAAGCCUUGUUUCCCACAGACCCGGCCACACCGGGUGGACCAUUGCCUGGGGUCCUUGUCCACUUGGGGAUCUCUUCUAAUUUCUGCACUUGGCACGCGGUCACUGGUAGCGGUGUGUUGUGUUUGGAGGAGAGGGUAGCUAUUUACUCACAGUUGCCAAGAGCAGCUUUGUGCUCACGUGUGUUGUAGACGCAGUGUAAACAUCUUCAGACAGGGCAUCAACUGUACAGUUCAUGGACCGGUCACCAGGUUUUAUUUUUCGGAAUCUGCCUCUCUGACUGAUGAGUUUAAGUCCAGGCCACUUCUCUGUCUUUUAUUUUGUUGUUCCUUGUUCGUAAGUGAGGACACUUAAAAGCCUUCAGAAGCCACUGCUGACAUUGAAUUGGGGGAGGGCUCCCCUCUAUUCUAGAGAAAGAGAAAGGAGGGGGCAUUUGUGUUACUGUCUAGCCACCUCCUCCCCCUUUUAGGACCUUAAGAGACCAGGCAGAGGAAAGGUUAGCUACCUACACAGGAUCCCGGGCUUCAGAGGGGAACCGCUUUGUUCCCUGUUGGGUGUCCCUUGUCCAGACCUCUCCACAGCGCGCAGGCGUGAGCCCGCAGAGAGGCAGCGCUCCGCGGCCCCGCCCCCAGCCAGGUGCCUUCUCCAUAUCGUCUGUCCUCCUUCCACGGUGUGUGGCUGCCACUGUCCUUUAGUCCCAUGUGAGGUGCUGGUGAGUAUUACCUUCCUCCGUGCCAUGCUCUGCAACACCGACCCCAGUAGUUCACCACCUCUGGAUCCCUGUUUUAAAUAAAACGAUUCACCUUAAAGCCCAUCAAA